CCAACAUACUCGCUCUUGCAUGAGUACAUAGAUAGGUAGAUCCGCCCCCGCAUCUUCCACCGAUCUGCUUUUCCCAGAAUAGCUCAAGCCUCCUUGGUUGCCUACAACAAUCUGUCGGCGUCUACGUGCAAGCCACUCACUGAAAUUUCCUCGACAAGUCGAUUCUGGGAGACGCAGUAUUUCGAGCCUAGCAUGAUGCCCCCGAAACUUUACUUUUUGGUACCGAUUGUCGUCCUCAUCUAUCUAUUGCUGCCCUUUCACGGCGGUGAGCCCCAUAGUGUAUUGGCAGAGGAUAUGCCGGGAGUUGGCAUCUCUUUGUCGGUUGACAAUGCCGUGAUUUCUCUUCGAAAAGAGGAUGGAUCAUUUGAAGACGUCGGUCGUAUCGAAGGCGAUCAAGAAUACGUCGAGAUGAUGUGGAAGUUAUCAUCGCGAGAUGCAAAGCAUCCCAGCCCCCCUUACGACACGAUGGAAGAGCUCUGGAAAGAUUGGCCACGCCAGUUGCGCCGAAGAACGCGCAAAGCACUGGGACUGCCAGCGUCCGCAGAUGUGGGUUUACUGAGCAACAUGCUGAAACAGCUCCUCGAUCUGCCGACUGAUACACCGGGACUUGUCUUACGAGAACUUCCAGUAGUGAUCAGCUUCCCUGCCAUGUACGGCUUGUCACAGGAAGAUAUCGUCGACGCCGCCUCAUAUCUCGGCGUCAAGACGCUAUACGGCCAGCAUAUCUACCAGCCUCGCAAUAUGGUCGCAGCAUUCGCUGGCCAUGGCCGCGGUCUCUGCGAGACGUAUCAAGACAAGGAGGCUUGCAGGCAAGAGGGUCUCCAGAUGCCGGUUCACGAGACUCUGUUUGUGGAGUACACCAAUAAUGCGCUCCUCCUAAACGCGCAGAUUAUGCGCGAAGCUCACGAUCUCGGAAGCCAUGAUACCAGCGUCUACGCUGACUUUAGUCUUGGGAGCCAGCAGAGAGACGGGGGUGACGAGCUUCCUGAAGCAAUCUUGCUGUUUUUACAGAGGUACUAUGGUACGGCGAGUCCGGCCCCGAGGAAGAUGUUAGCUAUCAUAACGGGUCAAGAUGUAGGCGAUGAAAUCGUGGAAGCCGUGAAGAGAGCAGUCCAGGCCUUUGAAUUUGAGCUGGAUUUGCUGGUCUCGGAGCCCGAGUAUGUCACUGCAAGGGGCGCUGCGGAGCUUGCCUGGCGGUCACUCAAACUGUGUGAAUCUUCAGAGCUUUAAAAUUGUAACAUAAUAUUGUGUCAAUCGUUGAGUUGCUCAAAAAAGGAAUGAUAUAUUAGAUAGCAAGGGGCUGAGUAGAAAUGCAAUCACUCAAUAAUCUUUUUUUCGCCAUUCCCGCAAAUCACCACAAUCAGUGCCGUUCGAUCAAAUCUCACAACGCGAAAUAAAUAUACCAGUGCGCACUGCACAAUGUUCGUAUUUGCCAAUUACUUCCCGAUGUGGUAUAUGCAGCCCUCGC